CUUAAACGUUUGCCGAGCACCCAGUGCCACAGAUCAUAUCCCCACCAGUCUGAGUGUUCUCCGAACGAAAUAAAACAAAAAGCUCUUGAUAGCCAGGCCCGUCUAGCGUCCAAUAAAGUUGUUAUUGAAUUUAGCGAUUUACAAGAUCUAUAAAUAAGCUGCCAAGUAACCUUGUAAUUUGUAAUCAUGUCACUAUCGCGCGUGCUGGUGAAGGAUGGGGGUUUCGGCACCCAGAUGACCGUCCAUGUGGGCAACUCGGUGGACGGGGAUCCGCUGUGGAGCGCCCGGUUCAAUGCCACCAAUCCGGCGGCGAUUAUCAGCACCCACCUGGAUUUUCUGCAAAAUGGAGCCGAUAUCAUCCUAACCAACACCUAUCAGUCCAGUGUCGAGGGUUACAUGGAGCAUCUGGAGCUGGACGAGGAGCAGAGCAUCGAACUGAUAAGGAACACGGUGCGACUGGCACACAUUGCCAAGGAGCGCUAUCUCACCGAGUGCUAUCAGGCCCAGCUGGCGGUUCCUGAAGGCUACCCAUUGAUCAUUGCAUCGAUUGGACCUUUUGGUGCCCAUCUCCACGAUGGUUCGGAGUACACUGGCAGCUAUGCUGACUAUGUGCCCGCCAAGGAGAUUACGGAUUGGCAUCGCGUGAGGAUCGAAGCCUGCUUGGAGGCUGGCGUGGAUGCACUGGCCAUCGAGACGAUUCCCUGCCAAAUGGAGGCCGAGGCUCUGGUGGAGAUGCUCUGCGAUGAUUACCCGGAUGUGAAGUUCUGGGUGGCCUUCCAGUGCAAGGAUGAGAACACUCUGGCUCAUGGCGAGACUUUCGCGGAUGCGGCAAAUGCCAUUUGGGAUCUGCUGGCAGAACGAAAUGCCCAGGAUAAGUGCCUGGCCAUCGGAGUGAAUUGUGUGCAUCCCAAAUUUGUUACUCCCUUGUUCAAGAGUUUGAAUGGGGAUCGCGAGUUGGACGAGCAGAUUCCACUGGUGGUGUAUCCAAACAGCGGCGAAGUUUACGAUGUGGUCAACGGCUGGCAGGGAAGGGAGCACUGUGUCCCCCUCGCCAAUUACGUUCCAGAGUGGGCGCAACUGGGGGCCAAGGUCAUUGGAGGGUGCUGCAGAACCUAUGCCAGGGAUAUCCGCCACAUCGGAGAGGCCAUUCGAAGCUGGAACAAGCUGAAGAAACUCGCCUAGAGGCGAUCACUUACACUGGGGAUCUCAGUACCUUCGAACAGAACAAAAUGCAUUUCAAAUAGUCUUGUAAAUAUAUGUGUAAUUAGUUAUUAAGGCAUAGACUUAUUUUAAAUAAAGAAAAGACAGACAAA